GCUGCGCGGCGCUGCACUGGUCACGCCCGCCCGCCGUCCCGCGCUCGCGCGCGGCAUUGUAGGAACUGUAGUCCGAGCGUCCUCGUGCGCGGGACCCGGAGCGCCGCUGCUGCCCAGCCCAGGUGUGUCACCUGCAGCCCCCACCAGGGUUGAGUGUGGGCCUGGGCAGCAUGGUGCCCUCUGGCCAGGUGGCGGAGAAGGAGGCAUCCGAGGAGCCUGGACCCGGCCGUGAGCCCCGCUCAUGGCGAUGCCUGGUGCUCUUCCUCUGCUUCUACGGCUUCAUGGCCCAGAUGCGGCCCGGGGAGAGCUUCAUCACGCCCUACCUCCUGGGGCCCGACAAGAACUUCACCCGGGAGCAGGUGACCAACGAGGUCAUUCCGGUGCUGUCCUACUCCUACCUGGUGGUGCUGGUCCCGGUCUUCUUGCUCACCGACUACCUGCGCUACAAGCCCGUGCUGGUGCUGCAGGGCCUGAGCUACGUGAGUGUGUGGCUGCUGCUGCUGCUGGGCCACUCUGUGCUGCACAUGCAGCUCAUGGAGGUCUGCUACAGCGUCACCAUGGCUGCCCGCAUCGCCUACUCCUCCUACAUCUUCUCCCUGGUGCACCCUGCCCGCUACCAGCGCAUGGCCAGCUACUCGAGGACCGCGGUGCUGCUGGGCGUCUUCACCAGCUCCGUGCUGGGCCAGCUGCUGGUCACCGUGGGCCGGAUGUCCUUCUCCAUGCUCAACUACAUCUCCCUGGCCUUCCUCAACUUUAGCCUGGUUCUCGCCCUCUUCCUGAGGCGUCCCAAGCGCAGCCUCUUCUUCAACCGCAGUGCGCCUGCACGUGGAGCCUCACCCAGCGAGCUGGACCAGAUGCACCCGGCCCCUGACCAGCCUGUGCGCGGGAAGCUGGGGCGUGCUCUGGGUGCCUGCAGGGACUCCUUCUUGGCACACAUGCUGUGGGAGCUGGUGGGCAGUGCGCGGCGGCCACAGCUGCGCCUCUGGUCCCUUUGGUGGGUCUCCAACUCUGCUGGCUACUACCUGAUAGUCUACUACGUACACGUCCUGUGGAACGAGGUGUGCCCCACCGCCAGCAGCACGCAGGUCUACAACGGCGCCGCAGACGCUGCCUCCACACUCCUGGGUGCCAUCACGUCCUUUGCCGCAGGCUUUGUGAAUAUCCGCUGGGCUCUGUGGUCGAAGGUGGUCAUUGCGAGCAUCCUGGCCGUGCAGGCCGGGCUGGUCUUUCUCAUGACCAGCACCCAGGACAUCUGGCUCUGCUACGCAGCUUUUGUGCUCUUCCGCGGCGCCUACCAGUUCCUUGUGCCCAUCGCCACUUUUCAGAUCGCAUCCUCUCUGUCCAAAGAGCUCUGUGCCCUGGUCUUCGGGGUCAACACGUUCCUCGCCACCAUUCUCAAGACCACCAUCACUCUCAUCGUGUCUGACAAGCGGGGCCUGGGCCUCCCAGUGCGCUGCCAGUUCCUCAUCUACUGUGUGUACUUCCUGGUGCUGUCUGUCAUCUACUUCUUGGGAGCCGGGCUGGACGGUCUGCGGCACUGCCAGCGGGACCGCCACCAGCCCCUGCCCCUGGCACAGGAGCUGAGGAGCCCCUCGGAGGAGAAGCCUGUGCGGCUGCCGAGUGUGGAACAGGGCCUGGGCGGCCUUCAGCCCUCGGCCCCACCACUGCCCCUGGAGGACAGCGCAGAAGAUGGCCUUGGGACCUUGGGGCCUGGGGCCAAGGCCUGACACGGCCUGACCUCCCCCAGCAGGUUCCACACUCUGUCCUGACAGCCCGGCCUGACGGGCCGACGAGCCCCAGCACCGUCAGACUCCCCCUCGCGGAGGGCGGGCCUUGUGUGGGUGCCCCCUUGCAGUGCCUGGCGUGGGGGGGGGCCUCCUCGGGCCUUAGCACUGGGGGCCUCGGACCCCCACCCCUCAGCCCUGCUCCACUCUGGAUGUGGCCCACACCUCGGGCGACUGUGGACUGGGCUGGGCUUGCCUGCUGAGGGGCCCGUGGUGGGGUCCCCGGGGUCUACCAGGCCUCCCUGCCUGCACCCCCUGGGGAGGCUGGAGGCAGAUGCUGUGUCCCCAGGGGCUGGCAUGCUGGCCCCACGGGCCUGGGGCUCUCAUUUACUGUGACACUUCCCCACAUCCUAGGUGCUUGCAUUGUGGACGAUGCUGUUUUUAUAUCUGUAAAACGAGGAACCGUUUGGCUUCUCCGUUGUGUGCGAGAAGCUGGUCUCAGGGGUGUGACAGAAAACCCAUCAGAUGGAGUGGUGGCUUGGGGCCCUCAGAGCCAGUCCUUCACCAAGGGUUCAGCCCAGGGCCUUUAGUUCUUUCCUCUGUUCCCGGAGUGACCUGAGAUCAGGGCGGCUUGGAGCUGGUCAUACGCUUUGGACGGUCAGAGAGGACUAUGGACGUGCAACCUUGAUGUGAACUGGGCUUGUUGGGAGCAGUAGGACCUUCUGGGGAGGUCUGCCUUCCUGGGGAGGUCUGCGUGCCAGUGGCCUCUGGGUCCGAGCCGGUUGCGUGUCCCUCUGUGACAGGAGGGUCUCUUGUGAACACUUUACCCAAAUAAACCUGGAACCUGA